CUCCGCGCCAGCCUCGCGCGCCCUCGCCCGCUCCCCGCAGCCCCCGGCCCGCGCCCCUCGGGGUCCCGCGGCUGACCCGCGCGGGAUGUGACCCCUUCCCGCUGCCCGGCCUCCCCUGCCCCCCGGGGGGCCCGCCUUUGCUUGCUUUUGGGGGGGUGGGGAGCGGCGCGCGGAUCAUGGCAUUGGAGUUCCCGGGCUUGCAGCCGCCGCCGCCGCCCCAUCCACGCACCCCGAGCGCCCCUUCUUCCCCGAGCAGCAGCGGAGAAGGCGAAGCGGCCGGCGGGGGCGAGGCAGAUGGGGCUCAAGGCGCGCAGGGCGGCGGGGGCGGCUGGCGGCGGCGGCGACGGGGGCGGCGGCGGCGGGGCCGCUAACCCGGCCGGAGGGGACGCGGCGGCGGCCGGCGACGAGGAGCGGAAAGUGGGGCUGGCGCCGGGCGACGUGGAGCAAGUCACCUUGGCGCUCGGGGCCGGAGCUGACAAAGACGGGACUCUGCUGCUGGAGGGCGGCGGCCGCGACGAGGGGCUGCGGAGGACCCCGCAGGGCAUCGGGCUCCUGGCCAAGACCCCCCUGAGCCGCCCUGUGAAGAGGAACAACGCCAAGUACCGGCGCAUCCAAACUUUGAUCUACGACGCCCUCGAGAGACCGCGGGGCUGGGCGCUGCUCUACCACGCGCUCGUGUUCCUCAUUGUCCUGGGAUGCUUGAUUCUGGCCGUGCUGACCACGUUCAGGGAGUACGAGACUGUUUCGGGAGACUGGCUGCUAUUACUGGAAACAUUUGCUAUUUUCAUCUUUGGAGCCGAGUUUGCUUUGAGGAUCUGGGCUGCCGGAUGUUGCUGCCGCUAUAAAGGCUGGCGGGGAAGGCUCAAGUUUGCCAGGAAGCCCCUGUGCAUGCUCGACAUCUUCGUGCUGAUCGCCUCUGUGCCGGUGGUUGCCGUGGGAAACCAGGGCAAUGUGCUGGCCACCUCCCUGCGCAGUCUGCGCUUCCUGCAGAUCCUGCGCAUGCUGCGGAUGGACCGCAGGGGCGGCACGUGGAAGCUCCUGGGCUCGGCCAUCUGCGCCCACAGCAAAGAGCUCAUCACUGCCUGGUACAUUGGGUUCCUGACGCUCAUCCUUUCUUCAUUUCUUGUCUACUUGGUUGAGAAAGAUGUGCCAGAGGUUGAUGCACAAGGAGAAGAGGUGAAGGAGGAAUUUGAGACCUAUGCAGAUGCCCUUUGGUGGGGCCUGAUCACACUGGCCACCAUCGGCUAUGGAGACAAGACGCCCAAAACGUGGGAAGGCCGCCUGAUUGCGGCCACCUUCUCCUUAAUUGGUGUCUCCUUUUUUGCCCUCCCAGCCGGCAUCCUGGGGUCAGGACUAGCACUCAAGGUACAGGAACAACACCGGCAGAAGCACUUUGAGAAAAGGAGGAAGCCGGCCGCUGAACUCAUUCAGGCUGCCUGGAGGUAUUAUGCUACCAACCCCAACAGGAUUGAUCUCGUGGCGACAUGGAGGUUCUAUGAAUCGGUCGUCUCUUUUCCGUUCUUCAGGAAAGACCAGCUGGAGGCAGCAUCCAGCCAAAAGCUGGGUCUCUUGGAUCGGGUUCGCCUUUCUAAUCCUCGUGGUAGCAAUACUAAAGGAAAGCUAUUUACCCCUCUGAAUGUAGAUGCCAUAGAAGAAAGUCCUUCUAAAGAACCAAAGCCUGUGGGCUUAAACAAUAAAGAACGUUUCCGCACCGCCUUCCGCAUGAAAGCCUACGCUUUCUGGCAGAGCUCCGAAGAUGCUGGGACAGGUGAUCCCAUGGCGGAAGACAGGGCCUACGGGAAUGACUUCCUCAUCGAAGAGAUGAUCCCCACCCUGAAGGCCGCCAUCCGAGCCGUCAGAAUUCUACAAUUCCGUCUCUAUAAAAAAAAAUUUAAGGAGACUUUGAGGCCUUACGACGUGAAGGAUGUGAUUGAGCAGUAUUCUGCAGGACAUCUCGACAUGCUUUCCAGGAUAAAGUACCUUCAGACCAGAAUAGACAUGAUUUUCACCCCUGGACCUCCAUCUACCCCAAAACAUAAGAAGUCUCAGAGAGGGGCAGCGUUCACCUACCCAUCCCAGCAGUCUCCCAGGAAUGAACCAUAUGUAGCCAGAGCAUCCACAUCUGAAACUGAAGACCAAAGCAUGAUGGGGAAGUUCGUGAAAGUCGAAAGACAGGUUCACGACAUGGGGAAGAAACUGGACUUCCUGGUGGAUAUGCACCUGCAGCACAUGGAAAGGCUGCAGGUGCACGUCACGGAAUACUACCCGACCAAGGGGACCUCCUCACCCGCAGACGUGGAGAAGCUAGAGGACAACAGAGAUUCGGAUCUAAAAACCAUCAUCUGCAACUAUUCCGAGACGGGCCCCCCCGAGGCCCCUUACAGCUUCCACCAGCUGCCCCUCGACAAAGUCGGCCCCUAUGGGUUUUUUGCCCACGACCCAGUGAACCUGCCCCGAGGAGGACCCAGUUCUGGAAAGGCUCAAGCAACGCUUUCCACCUCAGCAGCGACAUAUGCGGAAAGGCCCACCGUCCUGCCGAUCUUGACUCUUCUCGACUCCCGAGUGAGCUACCACUCCCAGGCUGACCUGCACGGCCCCUGCUCGGACCGGGUCUCCCCCCGUCAGAGACGGAGCAUCACGCGGGACAGUGACACGCCUCUGUCCCUGAUGUCGGUCAAUCAUGAGGAGCUGGAGCGGUCUCCAAGUGGCUUCAGCAUCUCCCAAGACAGAGACGAUUACGUGUUUGGCCCGAGUGGGGGGUCGAGCUGGAUGAGGGAGAAACGUUACCUCGCCGAGGGUGAGACAGACACGGAUACGGACCCCUUCACCCCCAGUGGCUCCAUACCUCUGUCAUCCACAGGGGACGGGAUUUCUGAUUCAGUAUGGACCCCUCCCAACAAGCCCAUUUAGAAGGGGUCGUGGCUGAGUCCUCCUUGUAAUGUAGACAGACUUUGUAUAGCUCACUUGCUCUCACACCUGACACUUGACCGUGAGAUCACCAGUGGCUACAUCAAACACAUGCAUGUGUGUGGCGGCCCCCCACCCGGGCAGGGGCUUUUCAUGGCCUUCCUCCUCCCCAGGUCACCACAGUGAAGCCGCUUCCUUUUAAGCAUGGUUUGCAUGACUUUACAAUAUAUAAAUGGUACCGCUAAUCUCUUCUAGGAUACACACUUAUCUGCUGUUCUUACUUUAAAUCAUGAUUGGACCAGGACGGGGAGAAAUUAUUGAUGAGCUGUGCUAUCUGUCCGUUUGGUUGGCUGCUUUGGGUUUUGGUUUGGUAAGCAGGGAAUGUAGUUUAAGUUCUUUCUCAAACCACUGCCCCUUUGUGUAAAAAAGACCAGUAAUUAUUCUAGAGUAAGCAAAUAGUUUGUGAACAAAAAUGCAUUACAUAUCAAAGAGGUGGUCAACUGAGCUAAAACACUAGGAAAGGAACAGACGGUCAUCACCUAUCCAAAACCACGAAUUUUUUUGAAUUUUUUUUUUUUUUCGGGAAAAACUCUCAAAACCAUCUAAAAGCUCUCGAGGGGACCUCACUUGGUCUGCCAUUAUCUGUGUCCUGCCUGUUCCCUCAUCCCUGGUAAUCCCAAGUGUAGCAUUUCGAGGGAGUUAUGACUUGGAGGGGAGAAAAUACACAACUUCAAAUAGUUUCCAAUUUAUGUAGCCAAAGAUAAUGAAAUUUAUCAGAAGUAGGGUACCCCUCUGGGCAGGAGCUAAGAUCAGUGCCUUCAAGAUGACGUUUCAACUCACAUUCUUCCCCAUGGUAUUUGUACAAAAUAUCCAUCUCAAAUGAAAAUUAGAAACCAGAAAUUAUCUGGUCCAAGUUCUCCUUUGUAAAAAUGAGAAACCUUUGGCUCAGGUAGAGACAAGCCUGGGGUCACAUCAUCGUCCCCUGGAGAGCUGGGACCCAGUCAGCUGACUCGCUCCAUGCCCUGGUCUCCUCCUACUACACCACUCUGCCCUUUAUAGAGUGGGACCUAAAAAUUGUGCCAAGAUACCUGGACUCUGUUGUACACAAUUUAUCCAGCAGGAGGGGGCUGUUUGCUUUUACUGCAAAACAUGCUUGCUUGAUGCAUUGCAUUUUGGAUCUAGGGGAAUAAAACAAGCACUUCAAGCAAGCAAGCUUCAACAUUUAUUAAUAUGCAAAUGGGAAAAAUUUUCAGAACCAUCCAGUUUUACUCCUCCAGAUUUUUUAAACCACACGUAGCCAUAAGAUUAACCCAAGUGUAAGCAGAGCCCCUGGAGAGCACUGCCCUAGUGAAUAAGUAUUAAUAUUAAGCACAAGCCAUCCUCUGGCCUCUUUUGAGGUGUCGCUACUUUCUGAAACACUUUGAUGGAAAAGGUUUCUGUUAGGCUUGGGCCAGAUUAGCUAAAUUACAGCACCACACUAUCACUGUCUUGUUCUUAUCCCACAUCUAAGCACUGGUUGUGGACGGUCGCCAUGGUGACCAUCAAGAUGAUCAAAAGGGCCUAACAGUCUACACACAAAUGCCGCUGAUGUUCUCCUCACAGUCUUGUCAAGCAGUGGUAGCUGGGACAGACAUCUGGUUUGUGGUUUCAUCAUGACGUGAUGCAGGAACCUUAUACUUUGUUGGAGCGAAGAACUAGUUUCUCAGAUCUUGGUUCCUUUCAACCCACAAGUCAACAGGUACUGUGCAAAAGGCUCAGAGUACAAUAGUAUUGAAGGUGUGGUCCCUGACUUUAGAAAUGCACAACCAAAGCCUGCCGUCUCUGGCCCAGGGCAAGCAUCGUGAGAGGUAGAUGGCAUUUUACAUGGAGAAUCUCACAAAUAGAGAGGUGUUGGCAUUGAAGUCUAAGGUGGGAAAUACACAAGAAUGAUCACACAAUUCAGACCUGAACCCUCCUCCCCUAUGGUUUGCCAUUUGACCUUCUUGCAAUCUGAAGGGCAAACGGAAUGGAUCAUAUGCAUGAAAGUGCCAUUGGAGUUAAUGACCUAAGAAAUCCUAUGCCGCUUCCUUAGGGCUUGAUUCUUGCUUCUGACCCGCCUAGAAUCUUUUACUACAAGUGAUUGAGCUACCUAUCAUCUAAUAUGUUACUAUGUUUUCUUUAUGUACGUGAGUUAUUUGAGACAAAAAAAAAAUGGAGAAUGAAUCAAACUCUCCACAUAUGCACCAAUUAUUUUUACCUACCUUAUUAAUAUUCUUGCAGAACUGACUGGCCUCAGUAUCUUACCAACAGAUGCAUUUGCCAGGAACUCAGUGGAGUUCUCAGGUGGACAAGUGAGACUUUCUCAUCCUCAAGCUAAAAAUAGUUACCACGGAUCGAAAGUUAGAGGACUGCCUUAGGUUCUUUGAAAAACCUACAAAGGAUAAGAGCUUGUAUUAUUUCUUAAACCAUAGGAGGGCAGUCUAGCCUCCCCUGCUGGAUCAUAAGGCCAGGAUGACAGGGAUUGACUGGGUUUAUGUCAAUUACCAUCAUGUCUCCAACAUGUAGUAAGCUGCCAUUAUCAAUGCAGACAAAGACAAAAUACAUGAUCAUGAAUAACUAAAUGAUAAGACUUUUUAAGAGCUUUUCUUUCCCAUCUAAGAAAAAAGAGAAAAAUGACCUUCUGGAAUAUUCUGCUUUGAUACCCCUUUAAAAGGAAAAAAAAAAAAAAAAGGCCAUUCCAGAAAAGCAAGCCAAAACUGUUCAAGUUGCCUGCUCACAGACAACAUCAUCACCUGGCUGGCACUGAUGAAGCAGGAAUUCAAGGUGUGGGAUUGAACUUAAGUUAUGGGGAAAAACAACAUGUGCCUCCACAAAGAUCUUUCUGUCGGACGAAAGAACAACAUGAUGGAAAAAUCCAACAGAACUGGUUAAUAAUGUGGCCCAAGAUCAUCCUACUUCAGGUAUACCAGUGGUCCUGAAGCUAGCCGAGGAAACUACAGUAGUUUUAGCAGAAUCCCAUGAAAUCGUGACAAAUUAAUUCCAUUGUAAAAACUAGGAAUGAUUUCCUCAGGUGGAAGUGUAAGCCCAUUAUAGGUGUUCUGUCUCUGUGUGUCACAAUAUGAUAUAGGAGAACUUUAAGGGGUCAUUUUUUAGGAGGAUCAAAAUGAAUGAGAUAAAGCUAUCUUCCAAAUGUUAGGUGAGAGGUGAUCGUGUCGGGCUGAGAAGAAAGUACUUGAGAUCAAGGGUGCAUUUUGACAGUAAAACACUAGCACACAGCAAACAUGAAAAGUUUAAGAAAAAGAACUCUGGGAGGAAAAGAAAAAAAACCAUCAAAAUGAGAAAGUUCUAUUCACUGACUAUACUUUUUCUGGGAACUGAAAGCUUGGACUUAGUAGAUAUAACAAUGAUAUAAUGAAGCUUUAAUUUCAAUAAAGGCAUCUAGAAAACCCUCAAGAUAUACCAUAGUUCAAGAUGAGUUUAUUUGUCAAUAAUGACUGCAUUAUGCCUUGCCUGUUUUGUGCAGGGCAGUUCCUAGACACUGUAAGUUGAAAGAAUAAUUACUUGUAGGAAAUCCUAAUACAAUAGGAUCUACUCAGAAUUUAUAAGACCAUUCUUCUAAAUCCAUACCACUCUACUGAGAAUGUAAUAAAAACAUUCAUUUGCUUGUUUACAAGAUUUACUAAGCACCACUGUCUGCUAGGCACUGUGUAACAUCCUGGAAAUUCAGAGUUAAGAAAACCACAGUUCCUGCCACCAAAAAGCUAGGAAUCUGGAGGCCUCAAAUAUUGGAGGUCCCUUCAAACUAUGUCUACCAGGAAUGGAAAGUAUCUGAUUUUAUCCCUGAAGACAACUCUACAGAUAGGAGCUCUUCCUCACUUAGAAUCAAUGGGAGAUUGAGCAUGGAGAAAAGUGAGAGAAAGAAUUCUCCAUCAAAAUGGUAAUGACCCCAUCAGCGCAGGAAAGACUGAGUUGUUGAAUGAGGACUUUGAGUUUGGGUUCAAUGCUUUGGGCUUUAGAGCUCCAAAUACACUGUGUACAAAGGAGUUUCUAGAGUAUCUGAGAAGGUUCUUGGGAAAAAAACUAGCUUUCUCCUCCUCUCCAAAUCCCUAUAAUGAUUGAGUCCAGACAAGAAGCUGGGCUACUUCCAUUUCAUUGUGUUGACCAAGAGACGCUUAUGGUACAAGCCAAGACACAUCUAUUUCAAGAGAAAGGUGUCACUCUGCCUGUGGGACACUGCUAAUAAAAUUCUCCUGGAGCAAGAGAAGAAAUGUGUUCAGUGGUCUAAGAAGUUAACUGCACUUUGGUCAGUACUGACAAGCACACCCCUGGCUUCCCCCAGAAGAUGCCACACAGCUGGCCUUUGUUUUCUGUGAAUAUGCUCCCAAGGCACUUAGGACCAUACGGAUUUUCUUUGCUUUCUGAACCUCAGGCAUUCUUAGGAAUUUGCCUCAUGGCCUCACUCAUCCUUGAAGGCUCACUUAUUUGGGAAUGAAAUUUUUAAAUUUUAAUUUUAAUUAAAUUUAAUUAAAAUUUUAAAUUUUAAAUUAAAUUUUAAAAGACUAGAAGUCCUUUCUUUGUAUCCAAAUCAUCCAACAUUCCGUUACGCUAUUCAAAACUGAGCCAACAGUCCCCUCAACAAGUCCCCUAACCUGAUGCCCAGGUGAGAACAUGCUAGGGACCAGGCUAUCUCCAUAGCUUUAGUGGUUUGGGAAACCAGCAGUAGGAAUCUCAGAGAUAGGAAGGAUAUAGAUAUGACCUGGAUGAAAAUUUGAGUUUUAGGACUCUCACAAGUGUUUGACUUUCUUGGUCUGUUUUGAUUUUCAAAUGGAACAAUUGGUAUAUGUAAAGACCCCAGUACAGUGGUGGCUGGAGACUGUCACACGUAUCCUUUUUUAAUACUGUGUGUGGAGUCCACUGCCUCAGUCCUCAGUAUUACUUAUGAACUCCAAAUUUACCCCCAGAAAAUCUUUUUCUUGGAAAAAGAGUAGUGGAAAUGCCAUACCGAUUCAGGCACUUUUAUGGGGGCUUUUUCUCAAAAAGUACAUCUCUAUAAAUGAAACAAGGAAUGGCAGGAAUGUUGGAAUGAAGGUGGCAGGACUGUUGGAUUGCACUGGCUGGGUUGUGGCAGUUCCACUGGACCCACAAUACUGCAUGUUGCACCAUUCUCUCAAAGGAUGAUCUGUAGGAGGCGAAGUCAAGUAGCAGGAACCAUUAAAUAUGAAGGAACUAGUGGUUGCGAUGAGCAAAGUUAGCAUGCCACGAUGUCUGUCAGACAACACCCUAGCAAUGAAUGGAGAACUUCCAGAAGAAAGAGUUCAAGCUCGCUCAAACUCUCCCCAGGGGAAUUUGUUCCCAGCUUCUAACAACCUCAGCUUUGUUAUCCCUGUAGGAAAAUUGUGACUAGUGGCUUGCUUCAUUGUCACAGAUGCAGGGAGAUACAGUUUUAUAGAUUCCUAGAUGCUCAGAGCAAGAACAAACCUUGAUCACCAAGAACAACCACCUCUCUUCUUAGAUCAGGAAGCAGAGGUUCAGCAUAAAGGGAAUCACACUAGUCGCCCAGUGGCUGAAGGGGUGAUUGGGUGGCAGAGUGACUCAAGAACCCAGGUCUCCUAACUCCUGGUCCAGAUAUUGGAGAUCAAAAACUGACAGUCACAUAGCAACUGAGAAGAAAACAUUGUGGGUUGGCCCAGGAGAUGGAGAACUUCCUGGCCCACUAGAGAAACUGCUAAACCAGACACAUUUCUGGAAUAUGAUUGAUCUCAUGCCUUUAAAGGCAAUGUUCCUUCUCCCCAAAUCCUGCUGACCUCCAAAGGCCUGGCACAAACCACUGCUUCCCUGUGCAGGUGAAAAAAGGAAUGAAGAACAACCUCAUGGCCAUGCAGGCAUUCCCCUCCACUUCUCUGACCUCUGCUACUUUGUCCCCUCCUUGUCCCACCAAGCCUGGACUGGUUCAGCAAUUUGGCCCAAUCACUUAAACUCAUUCAGCUCCAGAGCCAUGCCUCAGGUGGUAUCCUCAUCUAUAAGCCAAUCCUUUUGCAGGAUUUUGCCUUGAAAAAAAAGUUAGUGGGUUUGAUUUUAGAAAAUAGGAUGUGAUUUCUUUGGGGAUCAAUAUGACCCCAAGGCAUUAGUUCUACUAAGGUGUCCAUUCACGGUGGGAUCCCUGGGUCUCAUGCCUUGUUUCUCCUGCUUUGUCCAAGAGAAUGCCCAUCUUUGCUGGGUCACAACUGGUACUCUUGGCUUGUCACCUAAAACUACAGAAAAGCAGACAGGAUUCAACUUAAGACAUCUUGUGUAACUGGGAAAUUAUUUUAGAAAGUAAACUGGCCUCCCUGUUGGCUCAAAUGAGAAUUAACAUGGUUUCCACUUACGCUGUGCUGUGCUUGGGACAAAUUUGCUAGAAUUUGGCAAGGCUCCCCAAUAGCCCUUGCUAAACUCCUAGAAGGAUGUUCAGGUCUUCUGAAUCAGACUGAACCAGAAACUCCUAAGGCAAAGUCAGAAAGGUGGCAGUAAUUUUAGACUACCAGUCUACCUGUCUUCUUAGCCUCUAAAUAGCCCCAUUCUGGGGAAAUAAGUCAAACAUGGGCUCUAUAUAAGAAUAACCUGAGUGUAACUUGUAAUUAAGCAGUCAAAAGCCUGGCCUAGUGCUUAGGAAUAUAUGUGUAAUUCCUCUUAGAUGUGUCAAAUUGACUACAACCUGAUGCCUGAGAGGAGUGAAAAAUGGGAACAUGUUUUCUUCCAAUGUCUCACUCUGCCCACAAGACGGGUCCGGGAAGGAGAGAGAAACUUACCCUAAGCUGUCUUUGUGAGUUGCAUGUGAUGUGAUGGUUCUCUCUCUUGGACUUCCCAUGGUCCUCACCACAACCCCUUGUGGGCGGUGUUAAUGUCUCCAUCGUAGAGUUGAAGAAACUGAACCUGAGGGGGGAAAUGCCUUGCCAAAGGCCACACACUAUAGAAGUAGAGCUGCGAUUGUAACCAAAGCUCAUACACCUUCAAAGAUUAUUCACCUAUCUCAUCUCCCAGGCCAGUGGAAAUGCUCCCACAUCAUGCCCUCUAGUCGUCCCCCAUACCUUGCCCUCCUAUGCCCAGUGGACUUUAUAGUAAAACAGUCAGACCCAUCGGUUCCCCGGAGAGAACCAAUGUCAGCUGCUCCACUCAGCUAAUCAGUGGGUCCUACCUGUUCCUUUGAGUAGGUUCACAAUUCAGCUGUCAGUGGCAGAAAAUAAUGCUGCAUAAAUUUUUCACUUUGUUCAUAGUGGAAUCCAUUAGUUCUUGGAGUUUGGCGUGGCUGCAGAUAAUCCCACAAACGCCCCUUGUUCUCUGCCCUGCACCCCCACCCCCCACCCCGAGGAUCUCCUGUCAUUGAUUUAUCCAAACAAAUUCAAAUGUCUUCCUGACUUUGGUCUUCUGUCCUGAGGCUGGACCCUUAUUUCAGACCUUGGAAAUUCUGCAGAGAUUGGUGAGUCUGCAGAAACAUUCUUUAGGAGGCCAAAAGCUCACAACAGUUGUGUUUCUCUUACUCAAUAUUAAAAAUAUAACAGUUCCCCAGUGAGAAGUCAACCUGAUCUGGUAAUUAGGCCCCAUUUCCCCUCUGAACACUUUUCCAAGGGAAGGGAGAGCAGCUCCACCUUCCAUGUUCCUGGGAGGGUUAAGAAUGCACGUGGGGAGGACUACGUCCAAGAUUGGUGGCAGCCAUGUUCCAAGCAUCAGAGAUCUUACUGUUGGAGACAGAAGGCAGGCUCUGCCCCAUCUUAAAAAUCACCUUAGAAAGAUGGGCCUACUUCAUCAGAUCUGUCAAUCAUUUCCUAUUUUAAAGAGAAAAAUGCUCUCUACAUUUCUUUCAAUGGGAUAUGGCUAUUCUUCUUUUUCUUUUUUUCUUUUUUCCUAAUGUAGCAGUGAUGGAAAACACCAAUCUCUGCAGAGCAGAUUGAGGUUUCCAGUGACAAGAAUCCAUUGUAUUUGAUUUGGGAUUGUAUUUUCUUUAACCCCCUUUAACGGCAUAGAAUUCUGGUGCCUUGCUCCCUGAAUUUGUCUCCAUGCUACAAGUAGGCUUUCUUCACAUUCUGGCUUACACGGGAACACGACUAUUCCACAAGUGGCCUUUAGUGCUCUUUAUAGUAUGAUUUCCUGUAAUUUUUAAACUGUAUGUGUAAUUUCUAUUCUGGCUCUGUCCAAUAUUUGAACAACUUUACUAGGUUGAUUUCCAUAUAUAUUAUGCAAACACUUCUUACCUGAUUUUUUAUGUUCUAUCUUAAAACAAAUACUGCACCACUUAUUAAUAAAUAGA